AUGAAUUAUGGAAAAAUACAUCUGUCAUCUGCUUGUGUUAUCGCAUCUUGUAAUGAUCAUACAAAAACUAAUUCAUGUAUAGGUAAAAGAGACCCAGAAGCAAUAGUCGAUGUUUUUGAAGUGCCAGCUGUUGAUGAUAAAGAAUUGAUUUUUCAAUUAUUCAAUGAAAGAUUUCAAUAUUUAAGAUUGUAUCAAGACUCAAAAUUUGAUCAUACUAAUCUUGAAUUACAUGAUGUUGUAUUAAAAUUUGAAGUAACAUCAUUUUACCGAUUAGACAUAAAUGAAACUUUUCAAAUUCCUCAACCUCUAGAAGAAACAAAACUGAUCACUCCAGUACUAUCAAAUUCCUUAAAAUUAACAUUUUAUAUAGUUGAAAUAUGUGAUAAAUCUACAGCUGAACAACAGAAUCCUGGAAUGGGAGAUAUACUUCUGGAAAGAGAUGUUCAUGAUGUUGAAUUUAGGGAAUAUAUUAAUCCAAUUUUAAAAUAUAAAAAAGAAAUUACAUAUAGAGGAUGCAUGUUUCAAUCACAUGUUUUUGAAUUUUGUUUGAACUUUAACAAAAUAAAAGUAUGUGUAUUACCUGAUCAAACUAUUGCUAAAACUUUUAAUCAAGGAAACUAUGCACUCGUAAUCUUAAUUGAUUACUUCGAUCAUUUUUAUAAAUUUAAAAUGAAAAGAGGUGAUGCAAAUGCUAUACUACUUGGAGAUACUUUUGACAGUACUAUUGGAAAUUGUGGUGUCUCAUUAUUUUUAACUUACAUUAGAAUUGAAUCAACCUGGAAACCUGAUUUUGAUUCAUGUAAUCCUAUGGGUAAUAUAUUUGAUUUGAUAAAAAAAUGUUGUAAAAAGAAACCUGACCCAACAGAUCAAGAUAAUGAUGAAGUGCUUGAUAAUGCAUAA